GCCGUUGUUGUUCCUCAAAUCUGAGGACGUUAGAGAACGCGAGAACGAAGAAGAAACCCUAAUAUCUACACGAAGCUUUUUUCCACGAGAUUCACUCUCUGCAGAGAGAAGAUUCGAGCUGUAGAAGAGAUAUCGUAGCUCUUCAGUCUUCACCGGUUUCCAGUGAUGGCGAACUUGGGAGGCGGAGCGGAAGCUCACGCUAGAUUCAAGCAGUAUGAGUACAGAGCCAACUCUAGCUUGGUGCUAACAAGUGAGAAUCGUCCUCGCGAUACACAUGAGCCUACGGGAGAGCCUGAGACUCUGUGGGGGAAGAUUGAUCCCAAGUCUUUUGGAGAUAGAGUUGCUAAGGGAAGGCCUCAGGAGCUGGAGGAUAAGCUCAAGAAGUCGAAGAAGAAGGAGCGUGAUGUUGCGGAUGAUGCUGUUCCUGCUCGGCAGAGCAAGAGGCGUAGGCUUAGGGAGGAGAGUGUGCUGACGGAUACUGAUGAUGUGGUUUAUCAGCCCAAGACUAAGGAGACAAGGGCUGCUUAUGAGGCUAUGCUUAGUUUAAUUCAGCAGGAGCUGGGUGGGUUGCCUUUGAAUAUUGUUAGUGGUGCUGCAGAUGAGAUCUUGGCUGUUCUCAAGAAUGACUCAGUGAAGAACGCUGAAAAGAAGGUUGAGAUUCAGAAGCUGCUGAACCCUAUACCGGAUCAGAUUAAUAAGAUUUUUGAUCAGCUUGUUUCCAUUGGGAAGUUGAUCACCGACUUUCAAGAGGGUGGUGAUUCUGGUGGUGGUAAAGCAAAUGAGGAUGAGGGGCUUGAUGAUGAUGUUGGUGUUGCUGUUGAGUUUGAGGAGAAUGAAGAAGAGGACGAGGAGAGUGAUCCUGAUAUGGUCCAGGACGAAGAAGAUGAAGAUGAUGAAGAACCUCAGAAAGCUGGAGGGAUGCAAGUGGAUGCUGGGAUAAAUGAAGAGGAUGCAGGAGAUGCGAAUGAGGGCACCAGUCUGAACGUUCAGGAUAUUGAUGCUUACUGGCUCCAGAGAAAGAUUUCUCAGGCUUAUGAACAGCAGAUUGAUCCGCAACAGUGCCAAGUACUAGCUGAAGAGCUGCUUAAGAUACUCGCUGAAGGGGAUGAUAGGGAUGUUGAGAACAAGCUGCUUAUGCAUCUUCAGUUUGAAAAGUUCAGCCUCGUCAAGUUUUUGCUCCGGAACCGGUUUAAAGUUGUGUGGUGCACCCGUUUGGCUAGGGCAGAAGACCAGGAAGAAAGGAAUAGAAUUGAAGAGGAGAUGAGAGGGUUGGGCCUGGAAUUGGCAGCAAUUGUGGAGCAGUUGCAUGCAACAAGAGCAACAGCCAAAGAGAGAGAGGAGAAUCUGCAGAAAAGUAUUAAUGAAGAAGCCCGACGUUUGAAAGAUGAAACUGUUGGAGAUGGAGGUCGAGGCAGGAGAGAUGUUGCUGAUAGAGAUUUAGAGAGUGGUUGGUUGAAGGGUCAGCGUCAGAUGCUGGACCUGGAGAGCUUGGCUUUUGACCAAGGUGGUCUUCUGAUGGCGAAUAAGAAGUGUGACCUUCCAGCUGGCUCCUACAGAACUCAUGGCAAGGGAUAUGAUGAAGUUCAUGUGCCAUGGGUUUCUAAAAAGCCGGAUCCUAAUGAGAAGCUUAUCAAGAUCACCGAGAUGCCAGCUUGGGCUCAACCGGCUUUUAAGGGAAUGCAACAGUUGAACAGAGUUCAGAGCAAAGUGUAUGAUACAGCGCUAUUUAAGGCAGAUAACAUACUUCUCUGUGCUCCAACUGGUGCUGGGAAAACCAAUGUUGCCAUGCUCACCAUAGUGCAGCAAAUUGAGUCCAGUAGGAACGAAGAUGGAAUUCUCAACCAUGGAAACUACAAAAUCGUGUAUGUUGCACCGAUGAAAGCCCUUGUUGCUGAGGUUGUCAGUAACCUGUCUAAUCGUCUGAAGGAUUAUGGAGUCACUGUGAGGGAACUCAGUGGGGAUCAGUCCCUUAGUGGGAAGGAAAUUGAGGAAACCCAGAUUAUUGUCACCACACCAGAGAAGUGGGAUAUCAUCACAAGGAAGUCUGGUGAUCGCACUUACACCCAGCUUGUGAAACUUCUUAUAAUUGAUGAGAUCCAUCUUCUUCAUGAUAAUCGAGGGCCUGUGCUUGAAAGCAUUGUCGCUAGGACCCUUAGGCAGAUUGAAACCACGAAGGAGAAUAUUCGCUUGGUUGGUUUAUCAGCUACACUGCCAAAUUACGAAGAUGUGGCUUUAUUUUUGCGAGUUGAUCUUAAGAAAGGGUUGUUUAAAUUCGACCGCAGCUACAGACCAGUGCCUCUUGGUCAGCAAUAUAUUGGAAUCAGUGUGAAAAAACCGUUGCAGAGGUUCCAGCUGAUGAAUGAUCUUUGUUAUCAGAAAGUAUUGGCUGGUGCUGGAAAGCAACAAUCUCUUAUUUUUGUUCAUUCGAGGAAGGAAACAGCAAAAACUGCAACUGCAAUAGUGGACACCGCAUUGGCGAACGAUACACUCAGCAGAUUCUUGAAAGAAGACAGUGCAAGUCGUGAAGUUCUUCAGAGUCAGAUUGAACUUAUUAAGAAUGCUGAUCUGAAAAAUCUUCUGCCUUACGGUUUUGCUAUUCAUCAUGCUGGGCUUACAAGGGGUGAUCGUGAAAUAGUUGAGGCCCUUUUUGGUGAAGGACACGUACAAGUCUUGGUUUCCACCGCAACUCUUGCGUGGGGUGUGAAUCUGCCUGCUCAUACAGUCAUAAUCAAAGGAACACAGGUCUAUAAUCCUGAGAAAGGGGCGUGGAUGGAGCUCAGUCCCUUGGAUGUCAUGCAGAUGCUUGGUCGUGCUGGAAGACCUCAGUAUGAUCAAUAUGGGGAGGGUAUUAUUAUCACUGGCUACAGCGAGCUGCAGUAUUAUCUGUCUCUGAUGAAUGAGCAGCUACCCAUUGAAAGCCAGUUCAUUUCCAAACUUGCUGAUCAGCUUAAUGCUGAAAUUGUUCUUGGAACUGUUCAGAAUGCUAAAGAGGCUUGCCACUGGCUUGGCUAUACGUAUCUCUACAUCCGUAUGGUUCGUAAUCCAACGCUGUAUGGUUUAGCGCCUGAUGCUCUUGUAAAAGACGUAGUCUUGGAGGAAAGAAGAGCUGACCUGAUACACUCAGCUGCUACUAUCUUGGACAAAAACAACUUGGUUAAGUAUGACAGGAAAAGUGGAUAUUUCCAAGUUACUGAUUUGGGACGGAUUGCGAGCUACUACUAUAUAAGUCACGGGACCAUAGCUACGUACAAUGAGCAUUUGAAGCCAACGAUGGGUGAUAUAGAUCUCUAUCGUCUCUUCUCACUGAGUGAGGAGUUCAAGUAUGUGACUGUUCGGCAAGAUGAGAAGAUGGAACUGGCCAAACUUCUGGAUCGUGUGCCAAUUCCGAUCAAGGAAACUCUUGAGGAGCCCAGUGCAAAGAUUAAUGUCUUGCUACAGGCAUACAUUUCACAGCUAAAGCUUGAGGGUCUUUCUUUGACAUCAGACAUGGUCUAUAUAACUCAGAGCGCUGGACGUCUUGUACGAGCUCUCUAUGAAAUUGUAUUGAAGCGUGGAUGGGCUCAACUGGCUGAGAAGGCUCUGAACUUGUCUAAAAUGGUUGGGAAGAGGAUGUGGAGUGUCCAGACACCUCUUCGUCAGUUCCAUGGAAUUCCAAAUGAGAUUUUGAUGAAGCUGGAGAAGAAGGAUUUGGUGUGGGAGAGGUACUAUGACCUAUCGUCACAAGAGCUAGGAGAGCUUAUUCGUAGUCCUAAGAUGGGCAGACCGCUUCACAAGUUCAUCCACCAGUUCCCAAAAUUGGUUCUUGCAGCACAAGUUCAGCCUAUUACUCGAACUGUUCUUCGGGUGGAGCUCACGAUUACACCCGAUUUCCAGUGGGACGAAAAAGUUCAUAAGUAUGUUGAGCCGUUUUGGGUUAUUGUGGAAGACAAUGACUGUGAGAAGAUCCUUCAUCAUGAGUAUUUUCUAUUGAAGAAGCAGUAUAUCAGUGAGGAUCACACUUUAAACUUCACUGUCCCAAUCUUUGAACCGUUGCCACCUCAGUAUUUUGUCCGAGUGGUGUCAGACAAGUGGCUUGGCUCACAGACAGUGUUGCCUGUAUCUUUUAGGCACCUUAUACUUCCAGAAAAGUACCCACCACCCACAGAGCUACUGGACUUGCAGCCCCUCCCUGUCACAGCGCUUAGGAAUCCGAAUUAUGAGAGACUCUAUCAGGAUUUCAAGCAUUUCAAUCCGGUGCAGACUCAGGUCUUUACGGUUUUGUAUAACACUAACGACAAUGUGUUGGUUGCUGCUCCAACAGGAAGUGGGAAGACUAUAUGUGCUGAGUUUGCUAUAUUGAAGAAUCAUCAAGAAGUACUCCUUAGGCAGAAAGAUGAUACUAAAAGUCAAAGUGGACCUGAUGCUACUAUGCGUGUUGUCUAUAUUGCACCGAUGGAGGCUAUAGCUAAGGAGCAGUUUCGCAUCUGGGAGAGGAAGUUUGGGAAGGGUCUUGGUUUACGGGUUGUUGAGCUGACAGGAGAGACAGCGUUGGAUCUUAAGCUGCUGGAGAAAAGUCAGAUAAUUAUAAGUACUCCUGAGAAAUGGGAUGCUCUUUCUCGCAGGUGGAAACAGAGAAAAUACGUUCAACAAGUUAGUCUUUUCAUUGUGGACGAGCUUCAUCUAAUUGGUGAAGGCCAAGGUGGCACAGUGCUGGAGGUGAUAGUCUCUAGAAUGAGAUAUAUUUCUAGUCAGGGUGAUAAUAAGAUCAGGAUUGUUGCGCUUUCCACUUCACUUGCAAAUGCAAAAGAUCUUGGGGAGUGGAUUGGGGCCAGUUCUCACGGCCUCUUCAAUUUCCCUCCUGGAGUCCGUCCUGUUCCACUGGAGAUCCACAUUCAAGGAGUGGAUAUAUCGAGUUUUGAAGCCAGAAUGCAGGCAAUGACCAAGCCAACCUACACCGCCAUAGUCCAGCAUGCCAAGAACAAGAAACCGGCUAUUGUUUUUGUCCCAACACGUAAACAUGUCUGCUUGACUGCUGUGGAUCUGAUGGCUUACUCUCACGUUGACAACCCACAGAGCCCUGAUUUCCUGUUAGGGAAGCUAGAAGAACUUGAUGAUUUUGUUGACAAACUCCGCGAGGAAACAUUGAAGGAGACACUGCGCCAUGGUGUUGGGUACUUGCACGAAGGUUUAUGCAGACAGGAUCAGGAAAUCGUGACACAGCUCUUUGAAGCUGGACGCAUUCAAGUUUGUGUGAUGAGCAGUUCAUUGUGUUGGGGCACUCCAUUAACUGCACAUCUGGUGGUGGUAAUGGGGACGCAGUACUACGAUGGAAGGGAAAAUUCACAUUCAGAUUAUGCGGUCUCUGAUUUACUUCAGAUGAUGGGGCGUGCUAGCCGACCUCUACUUGACAAUGCUGGAAAGUGUGUGAUAUUCUGUCAUGCUCCUCGUAAAGAGUAUUACAAGAAGUUUCUUUAUGAAGCCUUCCCUGUUGAAAGUCAUCUCCAGCAUUUCUUGCAUAAUAAUUUCAACGCAGAAGUGGUUGCUGGGGUUAUAGAGAACAAGCAAGAUGCAGUGGAUUAUCUUACAUGGACUUUCAUGUACAGGAGGCUUCCCCAGAACCCUAACUACUACAAUCUUCAAGGAGUGACCCACAGACAUUUGUCUGAUCACCUAUCAGAGCUGGUUGAGAACACCUUGUCUGAUCUUGAAGCUAGUAAAUGUAUUGAGAUAGAGGAUGAGAUGGACCUCUCUGCUCUCAACCUUGGUAUGAUUUCAUCUUAUUAUUACAUCAGUUACACCACCAUUGAGCGCUUCAGUUCUCUCCUGUCUUCUAAAACUAAGAUGAAGGGGCUUCUUGAGAUAUUAACGUCGGCUUCAGAGUAUGACAUGAUCCCAAUAAGGCCUGGCGAAGAGGACAGAGUUAGGAGGCUCAUCAAUCACCAGCGGUUCUCGUUUGAAAACCCAAACUGCACAGAUCCUCAUGUGAAAGCAAACGCUCUUCUUCAGGCUCAUUUCUCGAGGCAUGGCAUUACCAUGAACUUGGAAAUGGAUCAGCGUGAGGUCCUUCUAUCAGCAACCAGACUUCUUCAAGCGAUGGUGGAUGUGAUAUCGAGCAAUGGGUGGCUGAAUCUUGCUCUGUUAGCAAUGGAAGCAAGCCAGAUGGUGACUCAAGGCAUGUGGGAGCGUGACUCGAUGCUUUUGCAGCUCCCCCACUUCACAAAGGAAUUGGCAAAAAGAUGCCAGGAGAAUAACAUUGAAACCGUAUUUGAUCUUGUGGAGAUGGAGGAUGAAGAACGCCAAGGGCUUCUUAACAUGAAGGACAGUGAGCUUUUAGACAUUGCCAGAUUCUGCAACCGCUUCCCAAACAUUGACCUUACAUACGAGGUUGUGGGCAGUGAAGAUGUGACCCCAGGGAAAGAGGUGACACUGCAGGUGAUGCUUGAGAGAGACAUGGAGGGGAGGACAGAAGUGGGAGCCGUGGAUGCACCCAGGUAUCCCAAGACCAAAGAAGAAGGGUGGUGGCUGGUUGUGGGGGACACCAAAACGAACCAGUUGGUGGCUAUCAAGCGAGUCUCAUUGCAGAAGAAAGCGAAGGUGAAGCUUGAUUUCCAAGUACCGAGUGAAGCAGGAGAGAAGUCUUACACACUCUAUUUCAUGUGCGAUUCGUACUUGGGUUGUGACCAAGAGUAUACUUUCUCCGUUGAUGUCAAAGAAGCUGGCGCGGAAGAUCCGAUGGAAGAGUGAUCAUGUGUUUCAGGCGUUGGUGGAUUCUGGAGAAGAGCAUUAUCACUUUUAUGUAAUAUGCGUAUUUGAGUUGUAGACCAAAAUGUAUGGUUUUGUUCCUUAAUGUUUUUGUCUGGACCAAAAAUCGAAACAGUAGACGUGUCAAAAACUUGUUUUGAAUUUGUGUUACUCUGAAAGCUGAGAUUUGACAAACGAAUAAUAAAGAAAUGGAGCA